GUCAUCAAGGCGCGCUGACGGCUUGAUGUGCUGGUCUAUCGCAGCUCAAUAAUAACACUCGACUUCCCAUGUAUACUGGUCAUAUCAGCCCAGACCGGACCCGGGUCGUUAGGCAGAGAUCAGGACGUUUAGGGCGGCUGGCAGGAUAGAUAUAACGACAUGUCAGCCUCCCGGGGUGCAGUGGACACUGCGUGCCCCCCACUUCCCUUCGUUUUGCUCUGUCUUAGAUUUUCUUUCUUCAUUUCUUCUUGCGCAGGCGUGAAGAACAUUUCAAGUGAGCUGGUAUGGAACCCACUAUUUACGCAUCGUAUGAAGCGGCGGGCGUGGUGGUGAUUGUCGUGGCUGCAUGUCUAUCUGUCCUUGCUGUUACUAUAGCUUUUCUAACGGGAGCGACUCGUACACUGGCGCGGAAGGAUACCCACCUCAGGCCCUACUUCAUUUCACUCUUACUCGCUAAUGUUAUUCAAUCCGUCGGUACAAUCAUGAACGCUAGAUGGGUACGCCACGGUUACGUCUUCGGGGACAGAUUCUGCGCAGUGCAAGGGGCCCUCAAACAUGCGGGAAAUAUUGCGACUGCAGUAUGGGCUUUCAUGGUCGCAGCUCACCUGUUCCACCUGCUCUUCCUCCGCUGGAAGUCUACCAAGGCGGGCUUGUACAUCUCACUCGCGUUCGGGUGGGCCAUGGUCUUGUUCAUAGUCCUUCUUGGCCCGACGGUCAUCACAAAGCCCAAGGAUGGUCCUUACUUUGGCGUCUCUGGUCUCUGGUGUUGGAUUACUCCCAACUACCCUCGCGAGCAGUUCUUCCUCGAGUAUUUCCUAGAGUUCGUCUCGGCAGGCGUCGGCUUCUUCCUGUACAGCGCGAUUCUCCUUCGAGUCCGCGGCAACCUGAUCAAGACCGAAGGGAAAUGGCACCUGCGCUGGGUCCCCCGGGGCCAAAGCUGGCAGCUCGCGAUCACGCGCGACUACAUCGACUCUGCAAUAGUGCGCGUCGCCGCGCACAUGGUGUGGUACCCUAUCGCGUAUAGCCUGUUGCUGCUCCCAAUCGCCUUGGCUCGCAUGACCGAGCUCGCUAUGAACCUGCCACCCUGGGUAACCAUCGCCUGCGACUUCAUUUUCAACCUGAACGGUAAAACAACUCCCCACACCUUCGCCCUAUCUGUAUUAUCAUUAAGUUUCUUCCCUUCAGGAUUGAUCAACGUCAUCCUCCUCGUCACCACGAAGCGGCUCCUGCCAGACACCAACGUCCUGCCCACCUUCAGCACCCCACGCAAAGCGCUGGACCUGUCAUCCCCCGAGGCGGUCGGCAUCACGCCCUUCACGCUGACAUCCCAGCAGACGCCGCAGAUGGCUGAGCGACGGAUCGUGCCUUUGGUGCGCAGUGAUAGCAACAGUAGUUUCUCGAGCGUGGACUCGGAGACGCCUUUGGUGCAGUCUCAGAGCACGCGCCGCGAGUAUUCAAUAAGGCAGUCAUGA